AUGCGCACACGAGGCAAGGAUGGUAGGAUCCCUGAUUGCGGUUUAGGAUGGGGUGAAUCAUUUAGAAUGGCUGAGAAAGAGAAUACUGGUGCAUCUGCAUCAGCAAGACAACCUGUUGGAUAUUCGGGAGAACCAUAUGAUACCUCUCUUUUGGUUAAGUACGAACAUCAUAUUGCUAGACAUAUAUGGUUCGGUGAGGAAAGAGGUACGAAGAAAGAGUUGAAGGUAGCAGGACAUAGGUUGAAGCUGAUUAAGAUGGUUCCACUAUAUCUUCCUGGUUUCCGCAUUUGCGAAGAGAUGGCAUCUAGAGACAUCUUCAUUUCACAUGACGUUUGGUGA